UUUAUGUGUGUUAUUAAAUUAUAAUUAAUAAUGCCGACAGUAUGUCUGAAUAAAGUAUUAAAUCUGCAUAACAUUACACACAGUUAAUAAAAAUGUACUUUUACAAUUCUUUACUUUUAAUUAUUAACAUUCUUAUAUUGACAAUACACAUACAAUCUCAAAAACAAAAAGGGCCUGGAAUAUCGGGAUGUUAUUAUAUUGUCUCUGAUUGUAAUGAAAGUGUCACAAUUAGUCAACUACCAGAUGAUUGCUCAUCUCUAAUGUUCUCUAGGCUAACCGUGGAUUUAAAUUACCAUAUUUAUGGUGAUAGUUCCUCUAGCGAAAAUAAUGCAAAAUAUUUGGGUAAUAUUACUAAAAUUAAUGUAUACAGUGUGUUUACCAAUUUAGGGAAUACUGCAUUUCUCGGCCGCAUUAUAUUGGAAUAAAUCGAUUUUUUUCAUGACUCUAAAACCAAAAUUGACUGAAUAAGAGCCAU